AUGAUUGCUGAGGUCGCUGUGCUCCGCGGCUCCGCGCAGCAGAAGGCAGCAGCAGCAGCAGCAGCUCCAUGUAAACACGCCGCGCACAGGGCUUUGUUUCACACACACACACACACACACCACACUCCGCUGGUGUCUCCCUCUAGUCAUGCCAUGGAUAUUUUGUGGCAAUACCAGUUCCGAAUCAUUCUGCUCGGGGAUUCCACCGUGGGCAAGUCGUCGCUUCUGAAGCGCUUCACGGACGGAAUCUACAGCGAUGUGGCGGAUCCGACGGUCGGCGUUGAUUUCUAUGCCCGCUCCCUUGAUAUCGAGCCCGGUGUGAAAAUCAAGCUCCAGCUCUGGGACACGGCUGGACAGGAACGAUUCAGGUCUAUCACAACAUCAUAUUACCGCAACUCAGUUGGGGGACUGCUAGUCUUUGAUCUCACCAACCGCAAGACCUUUGACCAUGUGAGAGAAUGGCACAAGGAGGUGAGUGAGCACAUCCUGCCUCACCACAUGGUCUACAUCCUCAUUGGCCACAAGAGUGACCUCAACAAGGACCGCAAGGUGAGCCGGGAUGAGGCAGAGCAGCUUGCUGCCGAGCUGGGCAUCCGCUACGUGGAGACAUCGGCCAAGUGCAACAGCAACGUGGACCGGGCCUUUGAACUGCUGACCAGAGACAUCUACGAGCUGAUGAAGAUGGGGGAGAUCGUCACCCGUGACGGCUGGGACGGCGUGAAGAGCGGCCUCACUGCCAAGGUCCUCUACCCAGCCGAGGAUGAAGAGGAACUAGCCGCCGCGUCGGCUGAAAAGGGCUGUCACUGCUGACUGAGAACUCACUGUGUCCAAACACUGUCCUGUCACACCAAGAGCUCACCUCGUCUCACAGCCGUCCAUCUAAACCAAGUCACUCAGGCUCAGCACCAUGUGAUAUCAUCAUGCAUCACUUCCUCACCUUGUGCUUCGUGCCCUUUCUUUGUGUGGAUUCUUCUGACAACUGGGAUUGUUUUCCAACAGGGGGUUUGUGUACAUCCCGAUGUGUAUCUUAUAGGCAAGCUGUAUCUAUAAAUCCAUGUGGUGUAGCAUGACUUGAGCUGAUUUGGGCUGUGUUACGUUUAAAAAACACAGAAAAGGGGCUUAAAGUGUAGCCAAUAUUACUUUUCACAGUACUGAAGCAGUACUGGAACUAAUGGACUACUGAUCAUAAGAAAAACCAGGUGGACUGUUU